GUGCCACAUACACUGCUGUCGUCAUCAUCGUCCGCCAUAUUGGUCGAGAAGAGAGUGGAGGUAGAACGGGAAGAGAAUCUCGCAGUUUUUGGGCUCCCUCCCGAUCAACUGCAACACCGAGUAAAAUUGAACUGGGAAACAGGGUUCAGGCCAUCGAUCGGAGUUCAUUUAUGUAUUGGGAACCUUGAAGCGCUGCUAAUCGUAGGCAAAGGCGAGAUCCGCUGUAGCGUCACCAGGAGCUUGUGUGCCGACCAUGACUUCCCUGACCCAGAGGAGCUCGGGCCUGGUGCAGCGGCGCACCGAGGCCUCGCGCAGCGCCUCCGCCGACAAGGAGCGCGGAUCCGGAGAUGAGGACUACGAGACGCGGCGCCGGGACGAGCAGGAGGACGACGACAAGGGGGACUCCAAAGAAACGCGCCUCACACUUAUGGAAGAAGUGUUGCUUCUGGGAUUGAAGGACCGAGAGGGAUAUACGUCCUUCUGGAAUGACUGCAUCUCUUCUGGGCUGCGUGGUUGCAUGCUCAUCGAGCUGGCCUUGAGAGGGAGGCUGCAGCUGGAGGCCUGUGGCAUGCGGAGGAAAAGUCUGUUAGCCAGGAAGGUGAUUUGUAAGUCUGAUGCUCCCACUGGAGAUGUCUUGCUCGAUGAAGCAUUGAAGCACAUCAGAGAAACCCAACCACCUGAAACAGUACAGAGCUGGAUUGAGCUGCUAAGUGGUGAAACGUGGAACCCUUUAAAAUUGCACUACCAGCUGAGGAACGUGCGGGAACGCUUGGCCAAAAAUCUGGUGGAAAAAGGUGUGCUCACCACAGAGAAACAGAAUUUUCUCCUCUUUGACAUGACCACGCACCCGCUCACCAAUAAUAAUAUCAAACAGCGACUCAUCAAGAAAGUGCAGGAGGCCGUACUGGACAAGUGGGUCAACGACCCUCACCGGAUGGACAAGCGGCUGCUAGCCCUCAUCUUCCUGGCCCACUCCUCCGACGUCCUCGAGAAUGCGUUUGCCCCACUCUUGGAUGACCAGUAUGACCUGGCAAUGAAAAGAGUGCGACAGCUGCUGGACUUGGAUCCUGAAGGCGAGAGCAUGAAGUCAAACACAAACGACCUCCUCUGGGCUGUCGUGGCAGCCUUUACCAAAUGAGUGAAUGGCGAUGAAAGUGAAGAGCCAUGGACCACCGAGAUUGAAUUCUUGAUUUUGGGGGUGUUGGUGGUGGUGGCGGCAUGAUUUCCUCCUGUGCUUAGGUUAUCUUUCUGUCAUGUUUCCCCAGCUUGUAGAUACACCUUCCCACUCCCUGACCCUCCCUGUGCACUGUGAGAUUGUUCACUUUUCAGUCACGUCGCAGGUCAUGCCGAAUGAACUGAAAACAGAAGCACACACUAAGUCAUUUCAAAAUCCUUUGUAUGGUGACUCUUUCCCACAAUCAGGACAGAGUCUGCCUGGAAACUUUUGAUCUAGGUUAUAUACUGAUGUUAUACUUCAAUGAAACAAAUCAAAGAUCCCCCCUCCCACCUGACUUUGAAGGAAACAGCCAGAGUCCUUCAUACACAAACUGUUGCUGUAAAGCUGUGACCUGCCUUCAUAUAAGGGAGGGAUCUAAAUAUAAUGUAAAUUGCGCCCCUCUUGUCACAUAUUUACACAUCACAUUCCUUUCUGGGGGUUUCAUUUAUUUAGAGUAAGCAAGCAAAUUACAUCUUUUUCUCUAUGGAAGGUUUCUACCUUGUCUCUGUUAUACGCUUGACAUCUACUCUAUGACAUUUUCAUAAUCUUCAUAACUAGUUCUGCAGCCAGACAGCUGCCUGCUGGCUGUAGACCCUGAGUUAAAUACUGCAGUCAUGGAGUGGGAAGCAUUCCAUUGUGUUUUGUAAAUAGUUUCUUGUAUUCAAACACUUGUUCCUGUAGCCAGUUAUACUGACCCAGAACACAUCUGGCCAGCACUUGAGAUUAGAACAUUCUUCAGGGUGUUGUGGCCAAUCAUCUGCUUUUUAAUUCUUGUUUUGCCCAUUUUACUGUACAACUGUACUCCAGAAAAAAAAAACACGUAUCCACUGUUGUCUAGCCAAUGUUUUGUACAAAAGGGGCCGUGAUUGACUGUAAAGGAAGCCUUUGCCCCCCCCCCCCCCCCCCCCCACACACACAAUAUCAUUGCAGUUUUUAUAACUGCGUCAUAGCAUAUCUGGUUCUUAAUUUUGAGCUACCUUCAAUUUUUAAUUUUGUAUAGCUUUAACUUUUGUUAAUUCUCAUUUCUGUUCAUACUCGAUGCCUCCUGUGUCUUGCUUUAUUGUAGCUGCAUUGGGAUUAUAAACAAACACCUAUUUUGGUCAUAAUUCACUCACGGCAGGUUUACAGCUGUCUGACUCUUUUUUUUGUUAAACUUUUGGAGUAAAACAGAUACUAAAUAAUGUAUAACUAGACUUGAAAUUAAAGGGAACCCUAUUCUGUAUACUUGCUUUUUACCAUACAAUAAAAUAAGAACUUGAAAGUGCCUGAAAAA